AUGAGUGCCUACCAGACACAACCUGGACUCGAGCGUCUAACUUCUGAACUCAUCGUUAUUAGUGCACGAGCCUUUGCGAGCUUUAUACACGAGGUGAACGCAGAGGAGACAAGCUCUCUAUGUGCUAGUCCAACCAUGAACGCGGUCUUUGCAGAAGGCCCUAGCCGAACCAUGAAUGAAUGGAUUGAAUACCGCACCAUUCAUGACUGGCUGGCUGGUCUACCCAUGAAUGGACCAAAGAUAAUAGACCCACUCCGUACCGAAGGAAUGUUUGCACACUAG